AUGGCGACAACCAUCCAAAUUACUCGGAGGAUAAUUGGGAAGGCCGGGAUACCAGUGGCAGAAAUUCCUACGUUUCUGUGUCCCGGGAUCUUGAGGACCGCUUCUCUACCGAUUCGAUGUCUCCAUCCACAACCACGAACGUUUACUCCAGCUUCUCAGAGGAGGAAUAUAAGUUUGGGUGAGGGAAGAGGAGAGAAGGACCAGACUCAAGCAAAAGCUGCUUUGGACGACGAGAGCGCUUCUUUCAGGGCUUCUGCCGGAGAUGGGACCGAGUCAACUUCAAUAUCACCGGCAGCAGCCCAAGCAAUACAGUUGAAGAGAUUACCGCAGCAAUGCUCGGGAUGUGGAGCUCUCUCGCAGACAGUGGAUAAGCAAGGUCCCGGAUUCUUCAACCUCCAGAGAAAGGCAGUAAAGAAAUACCUACAAGGGACUCCGAAUGCAGGCUUGUCCGCAGAAGGUCAAAUCGUCAAAGAGGCUUUGGAAAGAGCUGCUUCAGAAGGAUUAGCUAUUGAUGUAGGGACUGUCGAGGUGCCAGCUACAAUCACCCAGAUACCUGUAUGUGAGAGAUGCAAUAACUUGAUUCAUCAUAACUAUGGGGUUUCUAUACAACAUCCGUCCAUGCAAUCUAUCAGGGAGACGAUCGCGAAAUCCCCGUAUAAGUACAACCAUGUAUACCACGUUCUCGACGCGGUGGAUUUCCCCAUGUCCCUGAUCCCUGGUCUACAUAAGAUGUUAUUGCUUGCGCCGCAAAGAUCGCUGAACAGACGAUCGAAGACGGGAACUUUCUCCAAAGGAAAGAAGACGCAAGUCAGUUUCAUCAUCGCCAGGUCCGAUUUGCUUGCUCCUCUGAAGCUCCAGGUUGAUGCCAUGAUGCCGUAUCUACGCUCUGUUCUCAGAGAUGCUUUAGGAAGGGCAGGCAGGGACAUUCGGCUAGGAAAUGUUCAUUGUGUCAGUGCGAAACGAGAUUGGUGGACGAAGGAACUGAAAGAGGACAUUUGGAGACGGGGUGGCGGUGGGUGGAUGGUCGGGAAAGUGAAUGUUGGGAAGAGUCAACUGUUCCACGGAGUGUUCCCAAAAGGGCGCAAGCAGAACAGAUUUCUCAAGAAGGCUGUUCUGACGAGCACCAGUCCAUUGGACGUGAGCCCAAGAAAGCAUGAGACACAGGAGCAGGUGAACGAGGCCAUCAAGGAGGCGAUCGAAGAGACUAGAAAGGCAAUUGAGGACACCAAGGAAGAAAUGGCUGAAGCCCAGGAGGCCGUCGAGGAGAGAGAUAGAAAGGCGCUUCAGGAGACCGGUAAGGCGAAUGAGAAUGAGAACUUCGAGGACGCUCAGAAUUCGAUUGAGGAGUGCAAAUCCAAGACCCCUGGACUCCUUGACAUAGUACCUGGAGCAGACUCGGAGCUCCAAGCUGCAUUCGACGAGUUCGAGGAACUAGACACCUCCCUCGACACCUCUUCUCUCCUACCUCCAGCCCAACCCGAAACUGACUACCCGACAAUGCCCCUCGUUUCUCCUCUCCCCGGCACAACAGCCUCGCCUAUCCGCCACUCCUUCGGCAACGGUAAGGGCGAACUCAUCGACCUCCCCGGCCUUGCUCGCAGCGACCUCGAACUCUAUGUACAGCCCGAGCAUCGCCAUAAACUCGUCAUGCGCGAGCGCGUCAAGCCCGAACAGAAAGUUAUCCGGCCAGGGCAAUCCCUUCUCCUCGGCGGCUUCAUCCGCAUCACGCCCACAACCCCGGACCUCUUUAUCAUGGCCUACGCCUUCACGCCCAUCGACGCCCACCUCACAUCAACCGAGAAGGCCAUCGGGACGCAGCAGCAGACGCGCGACUCCAACGUCCAGAACAUCGCCUUGCCUGGCACCGGGGAUAAGAUAGCCUCGGCCGGGAAGUUUUACCUGAGGUGGGACGUCACCCGGCAGCGCGCCGGGCCCAUCACCGCUCGCAACGCGGUGGGCAUCAAGCCCGAGCAGCUCCCCUACCGCGUCAUGGCCACCGACAUCCUGCUCGAAGGCUGCGGCUGGGUCGAGCUUGUGUGCCAAAUCCGCAAGCGGCCUGGCGAGAGCUUCGUCAUGCCGAGCCGAGAACACAACCAAGCGUGGGAGAGGGAGCCGUAUUCCGACGCGGACGCCGACCCAGCCACCCUGAAGGAGUAUGUUGAUCCGACCUGGCCGGCUGUGGAGAUUUUCACGCCGGGGGGUGAGUUUGUGGGGGCGAGGAAGCCGAUGAAUGCCUGGCUGUUGUGUGCGACGAAGCCGUCGAAGAGGGCGUUGAAGGGUCGCCCGAGGAAGAGCAUGAAGGGGGCCAAGAAGGCGGAGAAGGCGAGGAGCAGGGCUGGGAGUCCCGUGUAG